AUGGCCGUUUCACUUCUCUGGUCGCCAAACUCUGAGGGACACGGAAACAAGGAGAACAAUGGGACGGUGACAGAGGUUGUGUCGUCCGCCGUGAAGGAAGUCGCAGACGCUACACCCAGUCCGACCGAUUUGCUGCGGCACUUCGAACAGUCUGGUGUAGCACUUCCACCCGGCGCUCGUGUUGGCGAUCCAAAGCUGAAGCAGCGCGAGCAAGAACCAUUGAGUCUGUGGCAGUUAGGCAAGGUAGCGGCAUUCGGAGCUGCGAAAGCUACUGAGCUCUUCUCCGAGCUGGUAUACCACCAUGUCUGGGGACCUCGGCGGAAGUCCUGGACUGUCGAGAUGACCCUGCUCUCCGCACUGAUGAGGAACGUUGGGCAGCACACACAUUGGUCCCUGAUACGCAUGCUCAUGAGCACUAGCGGCUACAUGCCCGUCUCAUCCGACGCCCUCGUUACUCCGGUAACCUUCUCAGUCCGAAGGCGCAAGCUCCCUGGAAUUCUUGUAGAGCUCGACGCUGCGGAGGAUGGGAAGCGGGAGCUGUCUGGAGAGUGGGUGGUUGGAAAGCGUACUUGGCGAAGACUGCAGAAGGAAUGGAGAGCGCAGCGCGGUCAGGCGAAGUCCGAUGUUUCUGCUUCUGCCAAGGCACCUGCAUCUCCGUCGCAAGAGCAUCGGAGAAACGAGCGUGUUGUGUUGUACUUGCAUGGCGGUGCUUACUAUGUCUGCAAUGCCGCCUCACACCGCCUUAUCACAAUCCCGUUCGCGAAGUAUCUGGACGCUCGCCUUUUCGCUCUCGACUAUAGAUUAGCUCCAGAGACCCGUUUUCCAGGACCUUUGCAUGACGCUGUCUCCGCAUACCUACGCUUGGUAGAUGAUUUGCACAUACCUCCUGAGAACGUCAUCAUCGCGGGAGAUAGUGCAGGCGGCGGGCUGGCGCUUUCAUUGCUCAUGUACCUACGGGAUAACGGCUUCACUUUACCUUCUGCUGCGAUCUUUUUCUCUCCUUGGGUCGACCUGACGAUGAGCUGCGAUUCGUGGGACAGCAAUGCAGAGUACGAUAUUGUCCCAAGACCCGUUCCUGGCGAUCACCUCAAUCCCAUCGCAUGCUAUCUCGGGGAACACAUGGAGAAGUACCUUACCCACCCUUACGCCAGCCCGCUCUUUGGCGACUUCAAGGGCCUGCCGCCCAUGCUCAUCCAAUCCGGCGAAUGCGAAGUGCUCCGUGACGAAAUCACGCUCCUAGCGCACAAAGCAAAGUUGGCAGGCGUUGAAGUCCGACACGAGCUGUACGAAGAUGCCGUGCAUGUCUUCCAGGCGCUCCCGUUCCUCGAGACCGCCCAGCAUGCGUAUUUUUCUUGUCGCGACUUCAAGAAGACCCCACAAGAGCUCGCCGGCGCUACGGAACGCGGCCUGGAAGAGGAGAUCGACACGGACGCACAGCGCGUUGUGCGCGGCGAUGGCGUGGAGACGGCCUCGCGCAGCGAAGACAUCGGCAGCGGGUCGAGCACAGAGCAGUCGCGCGAGCGGCCAGAGCUCAAUGCCGACGCUCCCAGGGACGAGUCUCCAACAAGAAGCGACGAGGACCAGCCCAGCUGGAGCGCACAGUGGCCGACGCCGCCCGAGAGUGACGAGACGCAAAAGGCAGUGACCGCUGCGAAGAGGCACAAGCUGCAAAACCGGCCCUCGCUCCGGCGGCUCCGGUCGACGUUCUCGUUCAUUGCGGACGCGUCCAUGACGUCGUCGAAGGCUCCGGUGCCGUCGCCGUCGCUGCGGAAGAAGUUCGACGAGAGCCAUCCAGACAUCCAUUCGUUGAUUCAACAGUACGCGAGUUCGGGCCCUGCUCAUGAGACGACAACGUUCAGGCCUGACGACACGCAACGGCGGCGGCGCUCGCGGACGCUUUCUUCGGCACGGUAG